UAAAAAACAAGUGUUCUGAGAAAACACGUUAUCAUGUCUGUUUACGAUCCUCUCUGUAACUCCGAACCGGACCUCAAUCCCGCCGGCGGCCACCGGAGACACAAUACUCUAUCGAAAAAGGUAAUUUUGAGGGAUGGGAGAUCUCUUUCGUACAUAGAAAAAGGCGUCCCAAAAGAGGAGUCCAAAUACAAAGUAAUAGUUGUUCAUGGCUUCGACAGCUCCAAAGAUAUGAACUUUGUUGCACCCGAGGACUUGAUGAAGGAGUUGGGAGUGUACUUAGUUCUAUUUGACCGGGCCGGAUAUGGAGAGAGUGACCCGAACCCUAACCGAACCCAAACCAGCGAAGCAUCGGACAUUGAGGAAUUAGCGGAUCGGAUAAAGAUCGGGCCGAAGUUUUAUUUGAUUAGCAACUCGAUGGGCUCAUACCCGACGUGGGGCUGCCUGAAACGGAUACCACAUAGGCUUUUAGGGGUGGCGAUGGUGGUUCCUCCGGUGAACUAUCAGUGGCCGUCGAUCCCGGACAUUCUGAGCAAGAAAGACGGGAGAAAGAGGAUCUACAGGGCCAUGAUCUUGAUCGGAAAAUAUGCUCCGUGGUUGGGUCACUGGUGGGCUGCCCGAAACCCGGCCAGAAAUGACAAGAAUUAUAGCGACCGGGACCGAGAUCUUAUUAAGAAUGCUCCUAAUGGCCAUCAUUCCCCCACUAUGGAAAAGCUGAAGGACAAAAGCGUGUUCAAUAAUUUGAGCUCAGAUUUCUGUGCAGCAUUUAGUAAAUGGGAAUUUGAUCCAUUGGAGAUGAAAGAUCCAUUUCCGGAAAAGAAAGGUUGGAUGCAGAUAUGGCAAGGUUGCCAAGACAAAUUCAUAAACGUGGAAUUACAGAGAUAUGUGUCGAGAAGACUACCUUGGGUUCGAUACUAUGAAGUCCCUGAUGGUGGACACUGCCUUGUCUAUGAUGUUGCUAUUUGUGAAUCCAUUAUUAGAGCUCUUUUGCUUGGAGAUGAUCCUCACCAGUUUCGCCCUUUCUAAUGUCUAAAAUGUAGCUAGCUUUCAAAUAAAGUGAAGAGAAAAUAUCGAGCCUCGGGUCUGGGUGUGGGGGCUCCAGGGUGACAGAUUCCACCUUUUGAGUCAAGAGAAAAUAUCCUACCGGCCAUUUUAGCCAAUUCAAACCAUCAAGUACUGUGUGUUAUUUAUUCGAUCUCAUUAUUAAUAACCUAAUUAAUAUGGCGCCCAUGAAAUCAAAUAUUAUUGUUUCAGGUAGAUAA